AAUUUGUCAAUUGUCUAUAGCCAAAAUGGCAGAAUUGGAUUGACAAGUCGUGCAAUUUUCGUAAUUUAUUUUUGGGUGCAAUAAUUAUUGCCUUUGUACUUUUUAGGUGCUUUCCGCCGCACUUUAAAAGGAAUAAAAUAUAUAUUUUGUUUUGUGUUCAAAUAACCGUGCUUUCCAUCUAUUCACGCGUAUGUUGCAAUUUCACGAAAUAUCAAGCUUUGGUAUGAUAACAAAAGAUAUAAAAAUUCAGCCUUGUCUCGGUAUGUGCUCUUUUUCGUCAUGUGUGUAUCGCCGGGAUUAACAUAGCAUAAAUGGUCUCUGGCGCGAAGACUCGGGUAUGUAUACGUAACUGUCCAGAAUCGUGAUUUUUGGGAUUGUGACGUCACAAAAUAGACAAGACGUUAUUUACAGUGCAAAUUAGGUAAUAAAAUGUUUUAUUGUUUUCACCGGUGAGUAGCCUAAUAUUUGUUGCGCUCCGGUGAAGACGGAAUUCGCGGCGUAGCGGUGGGCCUCCGCUAGGAUGGGCGGCGAUGUCUGCCCCCUCUGAGAGCGCAGCGAGCCCUGCACCGUGCGCAUGCACCAAUAUAUCGCUUAUGCAAUUGUUUCAUGAGCUCAAACAGAAGUUUCCCGGAGUACCUGAUCAUGUUGUUUCAAACACGAUCGAACUGUACUGUCACGAUAAACAAGCCUGCGAGAAACAUCUCCACAGUGAAGUCAAGGCCUCCCUAACGCAUGCCUACCAUGCCUCCUCGUCGGCAGCCGCGCGCCAGCUCAAUGAACUCAGGCUCAACCUGCCCAUCAAGUGUCGCAACCAGCCCAUAGUGAAGCAUGAAGCUGUCAAAUCUACAGCACUCAAAUCUAUCACUUGUGAUGGCCCUCAGAAAGCGAUACUGAGCUCUGUUACUGAAACAACUGAAAAACCAACCAAGCUAAACACUGAUGCCAAUCAAAAUAUUGUUGAAACAAAAAAUGAGGAAACCAAUAGGAGCAACAAUAACACAUCGCCAGUCACUGUAAUCAAUAUUGAUAACUGCUAUGCAAAGUACAACGCUGAGUCUCCUAGUGACUUGGAACUAACAAACGAGAACUCGAAAGAAGAGAAAGUUGUACAACCACUAGAAGAAAAAGUUGUCUCUCCACAACCAGAAGAAAAAGACCUUGAUCAACCAGAAAGUACCAACUAUAAAAUUCUAAAGAGUCAUAAAAUUAAAAACAACUUACAUGAGAGAUUAGAAAAAGGAAAGGAGAAGAAAACUAUUAAAAAGGAAGAGACACAACCUAAGCAAGUGAGCCCACAAGAAAAGCCGAAGCGGCCCAACACAUUAGAUUUCAUUAAACCAAAUCCAGAUAUUGCAUUUAAACAGACAUUAAAAGAACCAGAGGUUGAUACUUGUAGGACAGUGUCACCAGCUCCAUCUGUGGUGAAAGAAAGUCAGCCUAAGGAGAACAAAAGUAAUACAACCUUCAGACCAGAACGGGGCUACCCGUUGAACUUGUCAGUUAAUGUAAAUUGUCAUAUGGACUUGAGUCGUGCUUAUGGUGAUCCUUGGUUAGAAGAUUAUGAUAGCCCGAGAGCUAUAACAUCUGUGAAUUUAACUGUUUGUACUCCAACAUCAAAUAUGGCUAGUCCUGUAAGAGAUACGCGGGAAGAUGACGGAGGUUUCGAGGGUCACGUGACGGUGACAGUGAGCCCGAGUACUACGCGGCCCCCGCGCCGCAGGGCUCCACCGCCGCCCACGCAUCCUUCGCGGAUCGAGUCACCGAGGCCCAGCAGAGCAGCGCCUGAACCUCCAGGAUCUAUUACUAUUGAUCGUGCCUUGAUCGAGCGUCAAAAAGAAAGGCUCGAACGGCUAGCGAUGGCGCUGGCGCAGGAGAAGGGGCGGCUUACCCAGCUGACGAAGGAAACGCGGAUACUGGCUGGGCCGCCCCCCACCGUGUCGGCGACGCAACGGCUACGGGACGACGUCGAGCGACUACGGAACCAAUGCGGCACCCUCGCGAAGAGACUGGAGAUGUCUGGUCAUGAGCCAGACGACGCUGGGAACUUCUACAGCAACAUCUACACGGGGCAGCGACCCUCGUCCUCCUGGCAGUGCCACAUGUGCACGUUCAGGAACCAUCCGCUCCUCGACAAGUGCGAGGAGUGCGACAUGCCGCGGAUAUUCGUAGGUACGUCUCCCCCUAAGACGCACGACUCGGGCUUCGGCUCAUUCCGGGAUAGGAACCGGCGAGGCGCCGCCUCCAUCGAUGAUCUUCCCCACUCACUAACACAGACUCAGUCGGCCUAGCCCGAGCUCGCGCUAGCCCGACGACAGCGCAGGACGCUAAUCAAUUCCUCAUUUUUGCCUUAUUCAGUGCCUAUAGUGUAAAACAGUGCUUGAGUGUAUCAGUGUUUAAACUUUAUAAACUCGUGUGCGUUUGAAGUGGUCGGACUUAAAGCUAAUGAACAGUGUUGUGCUUAAGACUCACCCAGCAUGUUACUGUUGGAAUGCAAACUUUAUUAUUAACAAUGAAAAUACCAACGAUGUGAUGAACUAUGUGCCUCUGUUGGUAGUUUCACAUCUCGAUUUAUUAUUCCUUUCAUUAUUUAAGAAUCAUAUUUGUGUAUUUGGACUUUUUGAACUUUAUUUUCGUAUACGUAGAGCAGAAAAUGCAGCUGUGUUAAAUUUUAUGGACUUAAUGUUUUUCUGUUCUAAGUAUAAUUGUGCAAAUAUGAUCCUCGCAUGUGUGUUCGUCUAUUUUUUAUGCGACUGGAUUAAUAUACGACUUAUUCUCGUGUAAAAUACUGAGAAAUGUUUAAACAAUUGUGGACGGUUAUCCGACAUACACACGUGUACUUGAUAGACUGUGAUUAAUACUAGUUCGUGGUAUUAGUGGAUACGAUUCAACAAAGCACCUUCAAAUAAUAAACAUAUCGAAUGGUUUAACGCACAUAAUAAACAGUAGUGACUUCGAGAAAGUGACUCACUAUCAUCUAACAACGGUUUUCUCUUCGUAGUUUCUGCUCUAUAAUGAUGAUUGCCUUCAAACUAAGGUCGUUCGACGCGAAUUCUAAAUUAUUUGCACAUGGACUUCAUUGAGUAAAUUUACAAUAAAUGGCGUCUUUUGACUGGUCAGUGCAAACUCAGGGAGAUUAACAAACAGCCUUGUUUCUCCAUGAGACGUUUCUGUGAUUUUAGAUAACAAAACAUAGGCAUUGAUGUAGGUAGCUUUUAGUCUUAGAGUAAUUAUUUACAAAAAAAUGUCAAGGCAGCACCUAAAGUACUAAGUAUAUCUAAGUACCUAAAAAGCAUUACAAAUGCGAUAACGCAACUUCAGACGUGUGACGAAAUCUUUCCGACAGCUGUUUGCUAUCAGAAACGAGCCUUUAAAACCCCUCCUUGUCCAAUCAAAUGGUUUUUACUGUAUUCGAAAUGUGUGGGUGCAUUUUUAAAACAUUUUUCUAGGUAACUAGAACGACAAUGUAUUACCUAAUUGUCUUGUCUUAUCACACGAAAUAAAUCAGCCAAUAUAAUACAUAGUAACAUAAACAUAAGCUAUCUUUUUCAAAGAUAUCGCCAGUUUUGAUAAAAUUUGUUACCGGAAACCGCCAAAUAUUUUCCUAGUACAAUCGAACGAAUUGAUUGUGACCGGGUUCAAUAAUGUUACCAGGUGAUGUUGAUACAAAGGUGCGUUUGUCUCUGUCACUUCAAAGUGUUAUAAAAGAGACAAAAAAUAUGGAAACUUGGAAAGUUUUGGCAUUUAGAACAUAAUAAAAAAAAUUACACAAAUGUUUUAAUCUAAACUAACAGUACAUUUGUUGACAGUACAGUAGUACGUGCUUUCGAUAUGUACCGACGACAUAUCUUGCAAAACAUUCACGCACUUAAUACGUCACAUAUAAUUGUUACUACAAAUACACCGCGAUUUUAGACCUUAUUGCAAAGAGAAACGCGUGUUUUGACCUCGCAGAAAUGUUGGUAUUUUUCUCUGUAGUCUGUGAGUCAUCAAUGAGUCGAGACUCGUAGACAUACAGUAUAGAAAAGUUGUGUAAUGCCGUUGCAGCAAUUGUUACGAAAUAUGUUGACGAAACGUUGCUAUGACAACGUUAUUUUAUUAAUUACAAAACGGCCGCAACAUUUUACUCCUAAAAAUAAUAUUUUGCUGUAGUAUACAAAGGCAUAGUUUAAAAAGGUUAGGCUUCAAAACGUAGUCUUUUUAUUAUAACUAGUUCCUAGUUAUUAAACGUUUAAAGCGAAAUAAAUAAAGGCCACAAAACCAAACAUCACAAUCGUAAUAAAGGCCUUAUCUGAAUUAAACGUUAAUCUUUUAGGAAGCAACGUUUAGCACGCUGUGUUUUGUUUGAUAACCGUCUUAACAGAGAUUUUGUAAAAUAUUUUGUUUAUCUAGCGUUUAGGUAAAAGGAAAUUAUUAGAUUUUAUAUUGAAAUGAGAUGUAUUUAUUGUUUUACUUAAUUAAUUAAAUUUUAUUAGGCAAACUAAACAUCACUUGUUGACUGGUCAAACGGUGAGACAUCACAGGAUCUCGUUCAAAGACUAUUUUAUUGCGCCUUGCCAAAAAUGUAUCAUAAAAAUUAUUUAUUGCCCUUGGAAAAAAUACAUGCGCCGUUUCUUCGAUUUUUGCUCAAAUUAUCUUGCUCAGUAUUCAUGAUAACAGAUUCACAAAUAAUGUUUGUUGUCAGGCUGAAUGGCCGAUAGCCAAGCACUUGACGUAGACUACACGAGCCAGUGUACACUAGCCCUUAUAAUAACCAAUCGAUAUAAUAGUGUAACGAUUAAUUUUAAUACGUCAGACAGGUAUAGUUGUUGCAUAUUCGAAUUUAACUGUGAUAGGCAUAGGGUUUCAAGUUGAAUGAGUUAAUUAUUAAGUUUUUCACUAUCCAGUAGACGUAAAGUUGAUUCAAGUCACUUUGCACCAAAGUUCCAUAUGCCCUUUAUAGUAUAGUACAAUCAAAUAAAUUGUUACUGUACCUAGACUUUGGCAAGGAAAUUUGCACCCUACCGUAAAGGGAAUAGAAAACAAAGGGCGAAAAAUGGGUGUAUUUUUUUUUGUUUUAUAUUACUGGGCUUUUUUCGGUUUUUAGAAAAUUUCUCAGUAGUAGCACGGAGUCUGGAAUUCUGCCCAGUAAAUGGCAAUAGACUCACCCUCUAUUACAUGGGACUUAUAACACAAUGGUGAAAAGUGAGUGUACAUUGUAUAGCGGUAUUACGUGCCGUAAUGUGCACCUCUGCCUACCCCUUCGGGGAUAAAAGGCGUGACGUUGCUGUAAAAGAGUAAUACAAUACUUGUUAUAGAAAAUUACAUAAUCCAGUUUCAAUUACGUAUUGACAUUUUGGUAAUAUUUUAUGUUUUCAAUCAAUUUGUUAGUAAUGAAUAUAAUUAAUGCGAAAUUUCCAAAUUAUUGUGAUAAAAAUCGGCCUUAUUAUUAUGAAAUGAAAUUAUUUAUAGAAAAUUAUUUAAAAUAAUGAAUUUUGUUGAAAUGAUUGCACUAGACUUAAUGUAGAUAUUUGAAUUAUUUGUGGUGACUUGAAUUUUAGGCGUAAUUUGUUAAAUAUAGGUGUAAUAUCAAUUGUGAUCAAUUUUUUAUUGUAUAUGAGAGAAUAAAUGAGAUGUUUAUUAUUAAAA